CCGGGCAUACAUUAUAUUCUGAUAGAAAAAUCUAAUAUAUACAGACACACAUUCAUAUACACCGGAGAUUCGAUCUGUCAAAGCGGGCGUGUUGAUACAGCGAUCGGCGUUAAUUGUUCCGCGUAACGCGUACCGCUUAUCAGGUCAUGUAGAGCGCCAUUGCCGCAUCACAAUUAGACAUAGAUAGACACGCGCCGCAUCUUCGAGUCUCCGCCGCUUUAUUUAUUUCAUCAUUCUUCUCAUUGACGGAUUCACGACUGCGCUCUUGUGCUGCAGCAACAGGGAGAGGAUCCAUACGUUAAGGGAUUAACACGCUAUUCUGUCCCGUUCUGCCAGCGGAGCCGGUGUUCAUUCGGCCGGGCCCGGGAUUACCAUUGAUCUGAUUGGAUACAUCCGGAUUCUGUGUCGAUCCAAUCCAUAUUUCACAAUGAUACUCAAAAUUUUCUCCCUCGUCCUCCUCUGCACAGUCAGGACAGCGCUGGCCAGUGACGCGCGCGCCUUCUACAACUACCUCAAAGAGAUCGCCGAGCCGGAGCAGGCGGUCGAAGGGGCGGCCGCCAACGGGCGCGAGGGCCGUCAGUCCAUCCCGCUAUCCAUAUUUUCCCUCAACGGUUUCGCCAACUUCACAUACAAUGUGGCCUCCAUCCCGACCAACUACCCGAUCGCCUGCGGCGGUGACGACCGCAACUACUGCAACUACCCGGAUCUGCCGCUGAUCGAAACGUACGACCUGAACUACUUCUCCCGCCGCCCCAUUCCCUCGGGUCGCUGCCCCGACGGCUACACUAAAUCGCCCACCUUCGACUGCUUGAACAUUGCGCCGGCUUUCUUCGAAACCACCUGCUGCGUCUAUCUGGGCACGACCACGCCCUCCACCAACGACGUCUGUACCGGCAGCAUCGACGCCGCCUGGACGCUGUGCAACGGCACCGUCUACAUCGCAUCCGGCGCCUACGUGUGGCUGUACGACGUCUCCAGCACCGGCGCCAUGACCCUGCGUGCCGGACCCAUUGCGCUGUCGGCCAUCAGCGGCGGUUGUGUGACGCGUGACCUCUCGGAAGCCACCGUCAACGGCAACUGCGAUGUCGUCUUCUUCAACCUGAACGACCAAUACUACACCACCAGCUACCGCACCAGCUCUAUCAGUUGCUCCGGCCCCAACCUCAACACCAACCUUGGUGUGGGUGGUACCCCCAACCAGGCCUUCCGGGUGGGCGGCUCCACCACUAUCUACCAUCUUGACGGUGACGGGUUCGUGGUGGGUCUGCCACUGGGCUACCUCUUCAACUGCGGCAGCAACACCACCAGCGGCAUCAGCAUCACCCCACCCGGCGUCAUCGGCACGAGCCCCUACAUCAACUGCAGCGCGGUGACCUACGUAUCGAGCCUGGACAUUCUCGUCUACUUCUGCGGCUCCACCAUCUAUCGCGUCACCCGUACCGGCGUGCUCUCGUCGACCUCGACCCUGACCAGCGUCCUCAGCAACUGCGGCAGCACCACCACCACCACCAGCAGCGGCAGCAGCGCCGUGGCCCCCGUGGUUUACAUCCCCUACCCCAUAUACCCGGUGUUCAUGGGCAGCAAUUCCCCGGGCGGCUCGACUCCGGGCGGAUCCUACACGCCAGGAACCUCCUACUCCUCGCCAUCCUCGCCAUCCUCUUAUUCCUACUCUCCCUCCCCCUCUCCCAUGUCCCCUUCGCCAUCGCCUUCGUCAUCUUACUCGUACUCGCCCUCACCCUCCCCGGGCACCAGCUACAGCGGCUAAACACCACCACCCUCACCCUGCCCCCGUUUUCCCUACUCUUCCCCCCAUUCCCGGACCGGAUGUUGUUUGUUUGGAUCCUGUGCGUGGCUGUCGUGCGGACGGGGCCGACCGCUGCCGGUCAGCGGUUAACUUGUUCUCUUACGCGACAGUGUGUUUUCUUUUUUUGAUUAAUUGUGUUAUUAUGUUGAAGCGCAAGGCGAGAGAGCGUGUUGGGCGCCAUGAUGUGCAGUGUAUGUUGGCAGUUAUGUGCGGCGCAAUCAGCGGCAAGCCGGUCUUGUUACUGCUCCGUGUAUAGUCCAUAGUAUAACCUAGGUUAAUUAAAAACACGUCGAUAU